AUGGUCCUGGACGAGAAUGCCGAAGCCCUGAGACGGUCCUGGUGCCUCUUCGAGGUCUUUCAAACCUGCAAGCUGACCGCCGAGCGUGGCGAUUUUGAGGGUCUCCUGAUGUGCACUCCUUCAGGUGUGCUGCAGAAGGGAGAUGCCAGCGUGGACAUGGUUGUGGUGCUCGCGCGCACCCUUUCCAGGAUCAGGAUGGAGGAUGCCAGCGCUACGCGCAUUGAGGACAAGAUCAUGAUCGACUCGUGCGUGCAGUCCCUGCCGGGUGGCUUUGCGUCGGUCAACCGCUUCGUACGCCACUGCGUGAAGGCUGCACUAGACGAGGCACAUGGCUCCUUUGAAG